AUGUCGGAAACGCCAGGACGACACCAUAGCACAGCGAAAACACCAAAGCGACGCCACAACACAGAGACGCCACAACACAGAGGAAACACUAAAGCGACGCCACGACACACUGGAAACACUGAAGCGACGCCACAACACAGAGGCGCCACAACACAGAGGAAACAACAAAGCGACGCCACAACACAGAUGGAACACCAAAGCGACACCACAACACAGAUGGAACACCAAAGCGACACCACAACACAGAUGAAACACCAAAGCGACACCACAACACAGAGGCGCCACAACACAGAGGAAACACCAAAGCGACACCACAACACAGAUGAAACACCAAAGCGACGCCACAACACAGAGGCGCCACAACACAGAGGAAACACCAAAGCGACACCACAACACAGAGACGCCACAACACAGAGGAAACACCAAAGCGACGCCACAACACAGAGGAAACACCAAAGCGACGCCACAACACAGAGGAAACACCAAAGCGACACCACAACACAGAUGAAACACCAAAGCGACGCUACAACACAGAUGAAACACCAAAGCGACGCCACAACACACAGGAAACACUUAAGCGACGCCACAACACAGAGGAAACACAAAAGCGACGCCACAACACAGAGGAAAUAUCAAAGCGACGCCACAACACAGAUAAAACACUAA